CGCUAGGUAACUGACGUGUGAGUGAGUCAGUUGAUCAAAAUGCCACGAAGAGGAGGCGGAGGACGACGUUCUGCUAGUGGGACGCGUCAGAGACAGUACAGGUUACCCGCAGAACGACCGAGCAGCUCAGUUGCUCAGAGUCAUCCACAGCAACCUGGACAACAGUCUUCAAGACCCGGACUUCUAGGACAGUUUGCUUCGACGGCGGCAGGAGUUGCUGUAGGACAUGCAGUGGGUGAAGCUAUUGUGGGUUCAUUUUCGAACCACUCUGAUACUUCAGCACAAACGAGUGCACCGCAAUCGUUUAGCCAAGCCAACGGUGACCAACACCAGCAGAUGCCGUGUCAACUUGAGCUCCAACGUUUCAUGAAGUGUGCAGAGAAUCAGUCUGAUUUGACGUUUUGUGAACAGUUUCAUCAGUCAUUCAAAGACUGCAAAAUGCUAUACAACAUUCAGUGAAAGAAAAUGGAAAUUAUGGAUUCAAGUGAACUUAGAGAUCUGGUAUAUUCUGAUAGCGUACUGUGAACUUGGAAAAUUUUUGUAAGCAGUGAAUUACAAUGAUGAGCAUUUAUUGAAAACAGAA